AGAUUACCUCCUCCUUUUUCUUUUUUAAAAGAAAUCGGCACUAUUCCUAUUUCCAUCCAACCUCCUUAAUAGAAAAGUGGGGUACCUCCGCGUCAUACACGCACGCGUAAGCGGAAAAAAAAGAAGAAGGUAUUUAUCUAUUGCGUAGCAUUUCUUUUCUCUCCCGCCGCGGAAGCGACUGUUCAUUCUGUGUAUUUGUUCUCCUCACCGUGUUUGGGGAACGCUGCUCCACUGAAAGCAGGACGGAGCUUACGCAGACACGCUUCUUACCCCCCCCUUUUUUUUUACUGUGCACAAAUCGUGUGCUUUUCAUCUUUCACCGGCCGAAAACCGACGUUUUUGUUUCUCCCUUUUCUUUUCUUCGAAACCCUGCUUAUUACUAUUACAAUUAUUGAGCCGUUUACUUCCAGACCGGCGAAGGCAUCCUGAGCAGCGGCGCAGAUCACCAUCGGCUACGGUCGACUCCGCCGUUCCGUAUCGUUGUGUGGAAGGCACAGUCCCCCCCCGUCGCAUUUCCCAGUCGUCUCACUCUCAUCUUCCUGGCUCCGCUUACAUCAACGGCAACAGCAGAAAGGCUCAAGAGUUCUCAAGGAGGUGGCUGCCCAAGCGAAAGCAGAAAGACGAAACAACGUUGGUAAUUAUUAUGAGUCAGUUCAUCUUCAACGGCACGAGCCGUAUGCGCAAUGUGACGUUCGCACAAGACCACCACAAAUCCCGCACGAGCAUCAUCGAAGAUGCGCAUCGCCAGCGACUGCGGCGAGAGGAGGAGGCGCGGCGCACGCGGGCUGCCCAGCGCCUGCAACGCGUUAUGCGUCAGUGGCUCGCCGGUCUGAAGGUGAUGCGUCUGGCACUGAAGAACAUCCGCCAGCUCCCCUCUGACCUUGCGAGGCUCCUCGCCUCAGCGACAUCGGGUGCUGCUGCUGCGGCGAGACCCGCGAGCGGCCUUGAAGCGGAGCUCACGGCCCGCCUACACACCGCCUGCUGGUUCUUUUCCUAUGCGGUGGCACACCCGUCACGGAUUCCCGUUCACGGAUCCACCGCGCUACACACGUCCCUCGACAGCGACGAAGAGGAAAGUGUGUGGAGAGAAACGGCUAAGCUGCGUUCGCCUGUGACUUUUAAAGGUCUAGCGGAGGUGCAGGCACAUCAGCUGCAGGUGCUGCAGCAGUAUGGCGGCAUCGUGUGCACGGCGCUGCGCUCCUGUGCUCCGGGGGCGAGUCGUGGUGAAGUGCUGGAUGCACCAGCACCGCUGUGGCAGCACCUGCUCUCGUCACUCAGCACCAAAGAUGUGUCGAUUCUCUUGUACGUCCUUCUUCAACAACUACCGGAUGUCGUGGUACGGCACAGAGGAGAAACGGUCGCGCCGGCCGCUGGCAGCGUACAGAGCGGCGGUAGCGACACUAUCAGUAGAAACGAAAGGUUUUUCAGAGCUCUCAUUGGAUCGGUUGUAGACGCCGUUGCGGCUCGCAAUGCUGCGUACCGUGCUGGCGUAAACGAGGAAGAGGAGAAAGAGGGUGGCAGCGGUGCGAGCACGCCGUGUUUUUCUUUGAUUCCUUCUUCUCCGUCCUACGUUGACCGCUGGCCUGCAAUCCAGGCAUUGACGAUGGCUCUUGAAUUAGCCUCCCAAGAGCCCGCGCUGUCACAGGAGUGGAUCCGGCAGGAAUACACAGCGGCACUGCAGCCUCUCUUGAACGCUUUCCCUGCCCCACCAUCCAUUCCACUUUUGGCAACAGCAAAUGAGGCUGCGGCGUCUUCGUUUCCACCGACAAUGGCGGAGUCGUCUUCCGCUUUCGCGCGAGUGUGUUGGCGGUGCAUGUGCGCCGCAUUCAGCGCGGAUGAGCACCUGCUCCUCACCACGAAUCCCCUCGUUGUCCUGCUGAAUGCUGAAGAGGCCGCGCUGUUUGACGGAGACGCGGCGGCAGGUGGGGAUGGCGGUCGUGCGUCGUGCGGGUCUGACGCGUGCUGUGCCGUGCUGAUCGGAGAGUGCUAUGCACGCAUCGCCCUCGACACGCGGUUGACCUCCGGCGAGGAGGUGAACGGGAUUCGCGGCGGCCCGCUGAGUGCUCGUGUGCUGGGCCGUCUGGUGCGUCUGCUGCCACACGUGCAACAGCUGGUGAAAUCCACGGCUCCCUACGCCGCUGAUGUCCUGAAGCGCUAUCUGUUGAGUGUCAGCUGCCUCAGCGAACGCCUGUGCCGCGAGCCGUUUUUCAUUGAAAGCAUCCUCGCUGACCAUUACGCCUACAACACCGGCCAGAAACACGCGACGCUCGCGGAUGCGGCCACCGUUGCCACCACCACGGCGACAACAGCGGCUCAGAAUCUGCCUCGUAGUCAGUAUCGUCUGUUGUCGUCGUAUCUCUUCAGCACGGAAGGCGGACUACGCCUCAUGCAACUGCUGACUGCAGAGGACGAGGCGAGGGAGCAGCUGCGGCUGCAGGCGGUGGAGAAGCCAACGGUGGAGGCGCCGUCUGACGCCUCCGCACCCCUCGCAGACGCCCCUCCCACAGGAGAAAACGAGGAAACUCUGAGCAGUGCGGAAACCGCUUCUGCGGCUCCUGGGGUUUCUGCGGCGACUCCGUCCAGCCCCCACACGACCCAUUCCCCCACACCUGCGAGCCCCGUCACCGUCACCAGUGCAAGCAUCGGACCCGCGGUGGCGUGGCCCACGUCUGCGUUAGCACAGCAGAGCCCGCUGGAAAUUCUAUGCAACGUCUUCGCCUGGCCCCUCUUCACCUUUUCCAAGCCGGACUACUCCCGUUACCAGCAGGAGACGCUCGCGCUGUGUGCGAAGCUCGUGCGCACCCCGCAGCUCCUGCGCCGCCUGUGGAGUCUGUAUUGGCAGAGCUGCGAGGGUCUGCGGGCGGUGCUGCCACCCGGGCCGGUGCUGCAGAAGCUGUGCGCCCGUCCGGUCUGGGGGGCUGAGGAGAGAGCGUCUGCUCCGGCGCCAAAGCAGCAGCGGGGGGCCCACGGGCGGCGCGUACCGGCCGCGGCAGCCACGGAGCCGCUCCUCGCCUCUCUGCCCCGCCUGCCGACGUGGGAGACGCACCCGCGCUACCCCAUGUCCUUCUACGACCCUCACCCGUCGCUCUCCAUCUUCUUCUUCACCUUGCUGGCCCACUACGUGAACGUCUGCGACUUUGCCGAUGAGCUGCGCCGCGGCGGCGACACCGCCGUCUUCUCCGUCGAGGAGUCCUGCGCGCUGAUCUUGGCCCUAAAGGAGGUGGUGCACCGUGCCCACUUGUACGGUGUCGUGCCGGACUCCAACGGCGAGGCGGUGGCGCACGCGGCGUGUCUGCUGCUCAGUCGCCUGCAUAUCGUGAACGAGGCAGACCCUUUUGUGCCGGCGGGCGCGGACGGGCUGUGGAUGUCGGUGGGCAUGGUGGCCGCCGAGAGUGCCGUCGUCUCGCUCGUGCCGCGCUGGGAUGAGGCGAGCGCCGCCGUCGUGGACGAGGAGAAGGCAGCGGUCGAGGAGGAGGUUGCCGCAGGCGAGUACGCGGCCCCUGUCGCGACGAGCAUCACUGCCUCUACAGCCGCCGCUGCUGCUGCUGCAGGUCGCAGUAGGGGACUGGGCAGCACAGGCGACUCCGCCGCCGCUGGCGCCGUGGUGCUCUCGCGACUCCCGGGCGACGACCUCAUGUUCCACGGCAGCCGAAAUUGGGACACCAAAGUGCGCUACAUCAAACUGCUGGUGCACACGCCGUUCCUCCUACCCUUUCGGGCGCGGGCGCUGCUGAUGUCGGCGCUGCUGGCGUCGCAGGAGGAUCAGUGGACGCCCCCGUCCGACCGCCCCACCGUGGUGCACCGCGGCCGCGUCUUUGCCGACAUCUACGACCUCUUUCACGCCAACCCCAUGAGCUCUAACGUGUAUAACAUUCGCUUUGCUUCCGAGGACGGCACGAUGGAGGCCGGCUACGGCCGCGGCGUCUACCGCGAGUGCAUCGUGACGCUGUGCAAGGAGGGCUUUGCGGCCGAGUACGGGCUGUUUCGACAGACCGCGGACGGCUACGUCUUCCCCAACUCCUUCAGCGCCAUCGCCACGGGCGACCCGCAGCAUUUACAGAAGAUCCGCUUUUUAGGGGCCAUGGUCGGCCGGGCCCUGCGCGAUGGUGUGCUGCAGGACGUACCGUUUGCCCAGCACUUCCGCAACGCGAUCCUGGGUCGCCGUAACACGCUGAACAACCUGAAGGGCUUUGACGCCGAACUGUACCACCAACUCAUGUCCCUCACGCAGCUCGGCGAGGAGGAGUUGCAGGCCGUCGGGCUAACUUUUGUGUACACCGUCAACUUGCUUGGGGUGACGAAGGAUGUGGAGCUUGUGCGCGGCGGCGCGCAGAUGGAGGUGACGCCGCGCAACUGUCUCUACUACGUCCAUCUCGUGGCGGACUUCAAGCUGAACCGCGAGGCGGCCGAUCAGACGCGGGCGUUCUGUGCUGGGCUGCACUCCGUCCUAGACUCGAAUCGCCUGCUGCUUUUUGACAGCAAUGAGGUCGGCAAGCUCUUUGGGGGUGACGAGAGCGGCGAGAUCGAUCUGCAGGACUGGAAGGAGAAUACGGUGUACGACGGCGCCGAGGACGCCGCAAAGCCGCAGGCGCGUCUCUUCUGGGACGUCGUCGAAUCCCUCACACGCAAGCAGCAGAGCCAGCUGUUGAAGUUCGCCACCUCCAUGACGCGUCCCCCGCUGCUCGGCUUUAGGUUUCUUUCCCCGCCCUUCAAACUGCAGCUGCUGUCGGCGAAUGUGUCGGGCGAAGAUCAUCUGCCCUCCGCCUCGACAUGUUUCUCCACGCUGAAGCUGCCGCCCUACCGUGAUUACGCCACGGCGCGGGCGAAGAUCAUCGCGGCCAUCGAGGAAACCGGCACCUUCGAGUACAGCUAG